UGUUUAAAGUUACAAGCGAGGCCCCAAAGCGUGUGCACCAAAUGGACGGAAGAAAAACUUUGCCGAAAUUUUAACUUUCUGGUCGAACCAACCGCCUUACUUCAGAUCAGAUAAGACGGAAAACAUCCUUGAAGAUGAAGAUCAAGGUGUUGAGCAGAAACCCAGACGACUACGGACGGGAAACCAAACGGGACAUCCAGAGAUUACCCAGGAACUAUGACCCUGCCCUUCACCCGUUCGAGGCAGCGAGAGAAUACACGCGGGCGCUGAACGCCACCAAACUGGAGCGGGUGUUCGCUAAACCGUUCGUCGGCGCUCUGGACGGCCAUCGAGACGGCGUGAACUGCAUGGCCAAACACCCGGGCUCGCUGUCUACACUGCUGACUGGGGCCUGCGACGGGGAGAUAAAGAUCUGGAACCUGGGGAGUCGAGACUGCCGCCGGACGAUCCAGGCACACACGGGGUUCGUACGCGGGAUGUGUGUCACACCCGAUCACGGCAACGUACUGUCGAUAGGAGAUGACAAGACGAUAAAGAUGUGGAGUCUGACGUCACCGGAGGCUGGAGAGGAGGAGGAGGAGCCGGUACAAACCAUCCUCGGCAAGAGUAUUUUCACCGGAAUCGACCACCACUGGAAGGACGCGACCUUCGCCACCUGCGGGCAGACGGUGGACAUCUGGGACCACGCCCGGGCCGAACCACUCCGCUCCUUCUCAUGGGGGGUGGACAGCCUCAACUGUGUCAGGUUCAACCCCAUCGAGAAACACUACCUAGCGAGCUGUGCGGCAGACAGGAGUAUCAUCCUGUACGACACGCGAGGGUCGAGUCCGCUGAGGAAGGUCAUCCUGAACAUGCGCUCCAACGUGCUCGCCUGGAACCCCAUGGAGGCCUUCGUUUUCACUGUCGCUAACGAGGAUCACAACCUGUACAGUUUUGACAUCAGAAGACUGACUUCCCCAUUUAACAUCCACAUGGACCAUGUGAACGCCGUGUUGGACCUGGACUACUCCCCCACCGGCCGGGAGUUUGUGUCCGGCAGCUUCGAUAAAACCAUCCGCAUCUUCCCUCUGGAAAAGGGACGCAGCAGGGAGGUUUACCACACCAAGCGGAUGCAGCGGGUGUUCUGUAUAAAGUGGUCUCUGGACAACAAGUACAUCCUGUCCGGCUCCGACGAGACAAACGUCCGCAUCUGGAAGGCCAAGGCUGCCGAGAAAAUAGGCAAGUUAACCCCCCGUGAGGAGUCAGCCCUGACGUACAGUGACAAACUGAAGGAGAAGUUUCAGCACCACCCACAGGUCAGACGCAUCGCCCGACACAGACACGUCCCCAAGGAGGUGUAUCAUCUUACACGCCAGACUAGGAUUAUGAAGGACUCACGCAGGAGGAAGGAGGAGAACAGAAUACGGCACAGCAAACCUGGCAGCAUCAAGAAGAAACGGGAGAGGGAAAAAGUGGUGGUGGCAGAGCAGGAAUGAUCACCAGGGGGGU